AUGGCAUCGAGUCACAACGACCCCAAGCUGCUCUACGCCAUCAACGGCGUAUCAGCAUACCACAUUGCCAAUGGCAAGGAGGAAUCCUUAACGCCCGCCGGGCCACAAACCCUCUCCUUGCUCAUGGUACCAACAAGCUCUGCCUUUGCGGACCCGGCACUCGGCACAGAGAACGCAGAGCAGGACUUCUACUUGCACCUUCACCUCCCGCCUGAGCUCGAUCUUCCUCUUCCCGCGACUACUCAGAUCUACCACCAACCCCCUACGAGCUACCUGAUUCCUAGAUGGGAUCUCGGACCCGAUAGUGGUGCUUUUACACGGAUCGAGUUCCCCUCGGUCGAAAGCAGGAAGGGCAUUCAGGAGGAUGUGGACACCUUUGAGACGAUCCUUGCGCAAUGCACUGCGUUUCUUGAACGCGCACCACCCCCGGCGAUGAGCCAAAGGACCAACAAGAGCAGCGGUGAAAAGGGUGGCACAACCACAUCACCAAGGUCCAAGGGAGGGGUAACAGAGGACUUGCCGGCAUAUAACCCCGGUGACUAUAGGCCUGGAGAGGCAUAUGCUCAGGGAAGCCGAAGCAACCCCACGCCAGGACAAAUCGUGCUCAUUGAUGAGGACGACGGUAGCGUCAUUGGCGAGUUGUCUGAGGGCUACCAAGUUCAUGAAGAUAGCAUGUUGAAACCUGGAUCAAAAGACCCGGUUGAGAUUACGCUCCCGACUUCGCCCAACGGAAGGAUCAACGUUGCUCCCGCCUCGCCCGAAUUACUCGAUGCCGAACUUCACCCUGCCUAUAAGAAGUCCUUUCUUGUUUCGAAUGCAUCCGCCGCCUCGCGGUUUAUCAUCACCGGCUCCGACAUGCUUGCCAAGCUCCUGCAGAACCAAGCCGAUAACUACACUAGAAGGUCACAACCAGCUGCUGAACCCAUGAAAUUCAAGCCAGCCACCCGCGAACACAUUCGCCGUAUCAGCCACUUUACCGGAAACGCAGCUGUUUUGUCGGCCAAAACUGUAGGACAGAUUGGCAAGUUUGCACAGAAUUUUGGCGCCAACCUCGGCGGUCGCGGGCCUAGAAAGUCUGGUACCAGGGGUUUCGGGCCGGAUGGGCAGCCGAUGGAUAACUACAAACCGGGACUGCUGAACAAGAGCUUCAUGGCGUUUUCGACGGUCAUGGAUGGCGUGGAGCAGGCAGGCCGACACUUGCUUGCGUCAACUUCAGAGGCUGCGACAACGGUGGUUGCGCACAAGUGGGGUCCGGAAGCUGGCGAGAUAUCGAGGAGCGUUGGUGGUGGCGUGAAAAACGUCGGUCUAGUCUAUAUUGAUGUUACCGGUGUUUCGAGGCGUGCGAUUCUCAAGAGCGUCGCGAAGGGUAUGGUUGUUGGUCGGACGGCAGACGGAGGAGUAGUAACGGUCGGAGGAGGUGAUGGAGGAGUGUUGAGUCCUGGUGAGGGAGGAAUGAACCACGAUCCGAUGAACGGCGCCGGAAGGAGGUCGCCGGGGGGCAUUAGGAGUGGAAAGCAGCCGGCUGGGAUGAACGGCAGGUCUGAGACAUGGGGUUGA